AUGCUGCCCCGCAGACUCCUGGGUCUGCUGGGAUUCCUCAUGCUCUGCAACGGCCAGGAAGAGAGCGGAGAGGGCGAGUCCUGUGAUAACUUCACAGACCUCAACCUGUCCCACUGCUUCAUGGGAACCAGCCUGUACGUCCGGCUGCUGCUCUACACCCGCUCCAACCUCGACUGUGGCCGCGAGCUCAACCACCACUACCUGUCCUCCCAGCCGCUUUUCAACCUCGCCCGCCCCACCGCCUUCGUCAUCCACGGCUACCGGCCCACCGGAGCGCCCCCCAUCUGGAUAAACCACAUAGUCCACCUGCUGGCCGAGCAGGAGGACAUGAACAUCAUCGUGGUGGACUGGAACAAGGGGGCGGCCAACCUCAACUACUUCACAGCCGUGACCUACACGAGGGACGCGGCUCAAAACCUGACCGGCUUUAUCAUGACUAUGCAGGAGGAAGGAGCCUCUCUGAGCUCAGUUCACCUCAUCGGCGUCAGUCUGGGAGCUCACCUGGCCGGAUUUGUAGGAGCAAACCUGAAGGGGAAGAUUGGACGCAUCACAGGUCUGGACCCAGCAGGGCCGAUGUUCACCAGCGCCACACCAGAGGAGAGGCUGGACCCCUCGGACGCCAUGUUUGUGGAUGUACUUCACACCGACAUGAACUCAUUUGGACUGAGAGGAGCUCAUGGUCACAUUGACUUCUAUGCUAACGGAGGAGCAGAUCAACCAGGAUGUCCCAAAACCAUCUUCGCAGGUAAAUCUUAUUUUGUGUGUGACCACCAGCGCUCGGUGUUUCUGUUCCUGUGCGCUCUGAACCGAACCUGCAGCCUCACAGGUUACCCCUGCUCGUCCUACAGCGACUUCCUGGAGGGGCGGUGCCUCCAGUGUGAGGCCUUUAAACCCGCUUCCUGUCCUGUGCUCGGUUAUGAUGUCAGCCAGUGGAGGGACACUCUGCUGAAGCUCGGACAGACCAAAGUCUUCUUCAGCACCACGGCCACGCAGCCCUACAGGAAGCUGAGCUACAGAGUGGACAUGGUGACCUGGAACCAGUACCUCCGCUGGGGGGUCGUCUACAUCCGGCUGCACAGUGGCAGAAACAUCACAGAGGCCCGGAUAGACCAUAAGCUCCUCCGGUUCGAGCAGUACACCUCCACCCGGCUGCUCGCCCAGUUUGACGAGGAUCUGCAGCAAGUCCAGAAGAUCUCUAUCCGCAUCUGCACCGGCAACGUGAUCGGACCUCGUUACAAAAUCAGACUGCUGAGGAUACGCUUCACACCGCUGGAUCGUCCCGAGAGGCCUUUAAUGUGCCGCUUUGACAUCAUCAUGGAGGAGAACAUGGAGGUGGCGUUCCGACCGUUACCCUGCAACUCUCACCUCUGACUCCCCGAGCAGACUCACUUCCUCUUCCUCAUCUUCAUCUUCUAUGGGAACACAUCAGGCGUCCUCUGGGUGCUACAGGGUCUCCCAAGCCCUGGGUGGACGGUCCAGGGGCCCCCGCAGGAGGAGGAGCUGCAGCCUCCUCCGUGGAUGAUGAAGAUGACCUGACUGGCUGCUGAGGAUGACUCCUGUUUACUGGAACAUGCUGUUGGCUGCUGAUAGGACUUAAAGCUGUGAGAUCUGUAACGAGAUUAUGGAAACGCAGCGGGGGAAGAGUUUCGUCACGGUGAGAUCAGUUCUCUCCACAUUCAGUGUCUCUUUAUCUCUGGAUGCUUUUUUUUACUUCAAAGAAACAUUUUCUCUGUAACUGCAGUGAAACCGUCGGUGCUACAAAGUCUCAUUAUCAUCUCAGUGUCAGUGAUACAAGAGUCAGCUUCUUCUCAUCCAUCACAGAGGAAUGAAUUCAGAUUUCUGUCUUUAUAUGUGUGUUUCUGACGUUAAAUAUAUAUAUUAUCGGGUUAAUGGGAUGAGAAAACAUUAAUUAUUGAUUAUUAAUAAACAUUAAACUCUAAUGAAUUUACAGUUUACAAAAGGAAUCACAACUUUGGAUGAUUUUAAAAACAAAAUUUGAAUCAAAUUUUGAAAUAUUGAACUAAGAAUGAAUGUAAAUGCUUUAACGUUUAAGUAAUUUUGUUUUAUUGAAACAACAUUUGGCAGACACCUCUUGAUGGAGCAAUUAUUUAAAAAUAACAGAAUUUUUUUUUCUAAUUUCUGCCCUGUCAGGUUGCAAAUGAUUGGUGUUUUUAACUAUUAAUACACUUUAUUAAAGCUUUUAGGGCUUUUAAUUCACUCCAACUUUAACUUCACUUUAAAGCUGCAGCAGAUAACUUUUAUAAAAAAAAAUUAUAUUUGGUAAUAUUUGCUGAAACUGAGACAAACUGUGAAAGAACAUCAGGUUCCUCUGAGUCCUCCUCGUGCUCCUCAUGGCAUUUGCAAGAACCGAGCCUGAAUGAAAUCAGAUUAUAGAUUAUAGAUGAUGAUAAAAAGUUAUUUUAAAACUCUCCUUCUGUUUUGGAAACUCUUACCUAAAAAUAAAUUCCUUAAUGAUGAUUAAGUGGAUUAAUGUUUAUCUUUAACUUACAACCAAUUACCCAAUGUGAACAUUUAUUACGAUAAUCUCUCAUUCUUGACGUUUCAAGACUGGAAAACUUUGCAUUUUUGACAUUGGUCCUAAAAAAGAUGUGAAAUCUUUCCUUCCUUAGGUAAAAUACCUUAAAAUACAGUUUCUUUUCUCUGUGUGCCUUCGUACCAGCAGCUCUCAACCAAAGUGAAGUGUGAAUGUCUGCUGGUGUUUCACGCAGCAGAUACACUGACAGUACGGGGACGGGGGGUUGAAACUCUGGGCCGAGAGCUGCUACCUCAUCAGUAAACGCUGCUAUGACGUUUGUCCACAGUAAUACACGAGCUGCUGUACCACUGAGUUUGGUCUUUAUGUGUUUUACUUUAAUGAGCUAAAGAGUUUUAGGGACUUAAGUGUCAGUAAAUGUUUCAUGUUGUGACUGUUGACAUAACUGAGCAGCAAACACAAAGAAUCCUGAUGGAAAACUAAAUGUGUCAGUGUU